GGAAAAGCUUGUCUGAUUGCCAAUGUUAAGGAACGUAACAGCUACAAUUCUACUGUAAGCUUUUGAACCACAUCUUUACCGAAUUUCCCAAAGAUUCAGCUUUGUUGCAACCAGAUCUGUGGAAAUCAUGACAUCGUUGGAGGAUAUCGUUAGAAGGAUCUAAUUGAACGUGUGAUGAUCGUGUUCGUCACAUUAAUUUCACCAUAGGCUCGCUGACAUUUCAAUGUAAUAUAAUCUAAUAACAAUAUAUGGAUGAAACUUCGAACCUUUAACGUGAAGUCCAAGCGUCGUAAAUAGAAGGAUGCUUGUGUUCCAUUGAUCCGUUGUGAAAACUAGAGGUCUCAUUAAUGAUGCCCUAGAGGUUAAAAUCUAUUCCACCAACAGGAUUCUUUGCGAUGUCCUAUCAUUACAAGCGAAGGACCAAUUGAAAUGGAAAAAAGUGCCAUUCACACAGCAAAGUAUGCUGACUUUGCUGACAAAAGGUUUGAUUCCUUCAAUGGCAGGAGGAGCACUAUUGAUCCGGCAGUAAAGAAGAAGCCUUUAUCGCAAGUGGUAACUGAUACAAGUCCACAUUUCGAAUUUCGGAAGCAGGCAUUGACGGAAAUGCAAAACAUGCGAUAUGUUUCCAAGGAUAAGAAACUUCCACUUCCAAAUCCUCCAUCCUUCGUGAAUUGGAGGUAUAAUCUUCGUUCUAUGCCAGAAUUAUGGAAAGUUUUGAAAAGUAAAGGCUUUCCGCACAUGAAACCUGGUUACUUAAAUCAGAACACUGUCGAAAAUUUUUUUGGAUCCAACAGAAGCUAUGGUUUGCGCUACAACCAGGCUGUGGACUCUAGUAUAGGAAACCGCGGUCACUUAUAUUUCUGAUACUGUUUUGCGGGCUGGUUAGAUGGCUCUGUCGGUCGUUCCCCCCUUCACGUCGCUCAGGGGCCAUACUUGAAUCUAUCUCUCUCACUCCUUUACUGUUUACCAAAUCACAGCUGUCGAAUGCUUUGAGUGUCUUGUGUUUGUUUGUGGUGUCCAGUGCUGUCAGAAAAAUACUAAAAAUGAGCUUUUUGAGUGAUAAACAGAAGUGUUCAGUUUUAAGCUGUCCAUCAACUCGUCGGGAAAAGUAAAUCAAAUUUGUGAAUCGAAUUUCCGUUAUAUUUUUUAGACUGUUACAAAUCUUCAAAAUCUGAUUUGCAUGGCUUUGAAGAAUCUUUUCAAUCU